AUGUCCUUCUUCCUACCUGUAUCAUCACUCUACGAUGCCAAAUGUAAAUCCAGUGAAGAGAAAGUCUCUGUGUGCUUCCCAAUGCCAGUGCCACAUGCUUCUGGAAAGCUGCACAUUAAAGGUGGGAAUAUCAAGUUUAACUUCAAAAAAUAUCAAUAUAUUCUGACACUGAUUUUUGCCACUGAGGAGAUCAACAGGAAUCCCAAUCUUUUACCCAACUUGUCCAUGAGAUUUAAGUUCUUUACUUCCAAGUGUGAUGAUUCAUUGAAAAUUAUCCCUUAUCUAAGUUGGAUAGCAAAAAAACACUACUGGGUUCCUAAUUAUAGGUGUAGACAACAUUCAUGUUAUGUACAAAUUACAGGACCAGUGUGGGCAGCAAGUAGCAAAGUUGGGACAUUUCUGAAGCUCUUUGAAUUUGCACAGAUUCACUAUGGCCCGUUUCAUCCUACUUUGAGUGACCCUUAUCAGUAUCCUCAUCUGUAUCAGAUGGCCCCCAAGAACACAAGACUGACUUUUGCCAUAGUCUCCUUAAUGCUUCAUUUCAACUGGACCUGGGUGGGUUUGGUCAUCUCUGAUGAUGACCAAGGUAUUCAAUUUCUCUCAGACUUGAGAGAAAAGAUGCAAGGAAAUCAAAUCUGUUUAGCCUUUGUGAAUGUGAUCCCAUUAAACAUGGAGUUAUACAAUUCAAGGGCUGAGACAUAUUACAAACAAAUUGUGACACAUUUGACAAAUGUUGUGAUCAUUUAUGGUGAAGGUAAUUCCACACUAGAGGUGAGCUUCAGGAGAUGGGCACAUUUAGGCAUCCAGAGGAUCUGGGUCACUACUUCACAGUGGGAUGUCAUCACCAAUAUGAGAAGAGACGUCAUUCCUGACUCAUUCCAUGGGGGUUUCACUUUUUCUAACCACCAUCAUGAGAUUCCCAAUUUUAAAAAAUUUAUCCAGACACUGAACACUACCGCAUAUCCAAUAGACAUGUCUUUGAUGACGUCAGAAUGGAUGUACUUUAAUUGCUCAGACUUAGAAUCUAAACGUAGAAUACAGAGUAUGUAUUCACCCAACACCUCAUUAGAAUGGUAUGCAGGUCAAGAAUUUGAGAUGGCCAUGAAUGAUGAUAAUUAUAAUCUAUACAAUGCUGUGUACGCUUUGGCAUAUGCCCGCCAUAAAUUUGUUUUUCAACAGGUAGAUAUUCAGCCAAUGGCACACCAACGCCCAAUUGACUGCCCAAAGUUUUACUACUAUUUGAAGAACAUGCAAUUUAUUAACCCUGUUGGAGACCUGGUGAUUAUUAAUGAGAAAACAAAAUUUGAUGCAGACUAUGAUAUUCUCCACAUUUGGAAUUUUCAACAAGGUCUUGGAAUAAAGGUGAAAAUAGGACAGUUUUCUUCAUAUCUGCCCCUUGGUCAGCAGUUGUAUUUGUCGGAUGAGACAACCGAGUGGGCCACUGGGAGCAGGCAGAUUCCCUCCUCUGUGUGCAGUGAGCCGUGCAGGCCUGGUUUCAGGAAGUUUCGACAGGAGGGAAAGGCAGCCUGCUGCUUUGAUUGUUCCCUCUGCCCAGAAAAUGAGGUUUCUAACAAAACGGCAGAUAUGGAUCAGUGUGUGAAAUGCUCACUUGAUCAGUAUGCCAACAAAGAGCAAACUCACUGCCUCCAAAAAACUGUGACGUUUCUGGCUUAUGAAGACCCCUUGGGGAUGGCUCUGGCUUGCUUGGCCCUGUUCUUCUCUGCACUCACUGCUCUUGUUCUUGGGGUUUUUGUGAAGCACCAAGACACACCGAUUGUGAAGGCCAAUAAUCGAACAAACAGCUACAUCCUGCUCAUCUUCCUCAAGUUUUGUUUCCUCUGUUCAUUACUCUUCAUUGGACAUCCCAACACAGCCAAGUGCAUCCUGCAGCAGAUCACCUUUGCAGUUCUGUUCACUGUGGCUGUGUCCACCGUCUUGGCCAAAACAAUUACUGUGGUUCUGGCCUUCAAGGUCACUGAUCCAGGAAGAAAGAUGAGGAGGCUGCUGGUAUCUGGAGCACCUAACUUCAUCAUUCCCAUCUGUACCUUCAUCCAACUUGUUCUCUGUGGACUCUGGCUGGGAACAUCCCCUCCCUUUGUGGACACUGAUGCACACUCGGAACUCGGCCACAUCAUCAUUGUGUGCAACAAAGGCUCAGUCACUGCCUUCUACUGUGUCCUGGGAUACCUGGGAUCUCUGGCUGCAGGGAGCUUCAGUGUGGCUUUCCUGGCCAGAAACCUGCCCGACACGUUCAAUGAAGCCAAGUUCCUGACCUUUAGCAUGCUGGUGUUCUGCAGUGUCUGGGUCACCUUCCUCCCUGUCUACCACAGCACCAAGGGGAAGGCCAUGGUGACAGUGGAGGUCUUUUCUAUCUUGGCCUCCAGUGCAGGCUUGCUAGGUUGCAUCUUUUUCCCCAAGUGCUACAUCAUUUUAUUAAGACCCACUGUGGGAACUGGCAAUAUCAUCUUAACUUUUUCUACUUUUCCUGCUAAAAGAGGAGACAGAGCAGAAGAAAUCACAGACGUGAGUCUUUUGGCUGAAGGGGUCGGAGGUCAGAGUGCGGAGAGGCCGGGCGCCCAAGACGACGGAGGCCGGGAGGGAGGGGCUGGGCGUUCGCCCCCAGGCCGCGGCGGCCCGCGGGUCCCCUUCUGCGCCUUGAGCGGAGGAGCGAUGGCCGCGGCUGUCCCGGCGGUGCGCGCCGUCCUCGCGCGCAGGCCGAUCGCGGGCUCGGGGACUCGCGCUCCGCAGGGGAGGCGGCGCCUCAGAACGGGGCGGCGCGGGGUCCCGGCUCGCGGGGCCGCGGCGGCGGGACCAGGGCUGCGCCCGCCGCCGAUAGCGAGGGGCGCGGCGCCCGGCCCGGGGAGCGGAAACGCGCGGCGGCGCCCGGCCUGA